UUAAUUUGAUGUGAAAUACCACUUGUCUUUUCCUGUUAAUUGUGUUUCUAUAUGUUUAUAAGUUUCUCCAUAGUCGGAGCACCAUAUGUUACUUAAAACACCCCUAAAGUUGGUAUAGUCAUGAUUUUCACCCCUUUAAGUAUAAUGGACUGAUCCAGAUGGUAGUAUAUAAACCAGCUCAAGACAGAGAAACUCUGUCAGUUUUAUGUGGACCAUUGAAGGGUAAACUUCAAGGAUUAUAUAUUCUAACUGGUAAGUAGAGUGAAUUUAGUGAUUCCAAAGGAUAUAAAUAGUGUUUGGAUUUAUAUGUGAAUAUUUGGAAUAGUGAUUGUGUUAUAAAGUGAACUUAUAUAAUAAGUUAUUGUACAGUGAAAGUACAAGGUGUAUACUUGCUGGUGUUGCAAGUUGUUGUAUUGUGGAAGUGUAUUAGUGAGAAUACAAGGUGUAUACUUGCUGGUGUUGCAAGUUGUUAUAUUGUGGAAGUGUAUAAGUGAAAGUGCACUGUGUUUAAUCUUACCAGUUUGGAAUAUAUUCAUUUCGUUCUGAUUCAUAGUGAUAAUUAGUGUGUGUGAGUUGAGCUGUGUUCAUAUAAAUUCCUUGUGCAUUGAAGCAUUGUGCAAGUGUCAUUGUGUCAUUGUGUUAUUGUGGUUAAUUAAACAUUCAUAAGGUGAUAUUACAAAUUGGUGGAUAUUGUUAAUAGAUGUUGUAUAUAUGUGCUAAUGUGUUCAUACGUUUUGUGUGAUAUUUAUCUGAUGCAUGUUGCAUAGUAAUCUGUUGGUGACAUUGUGUUAUAAAGUGUCUGAUGCAUGUUGCAUAGUGAUAUAUUAGUGACAUUGUGAAUAAUCAGGCCUAAUACAUGUUGCAUAGUGAUUGCAUAGUGACAUUGUGUAUAUAUAUUCUGUUAUAAGACAUUGUGUUUAUACAUUGUGAAUGAGGAACUUCACCUUGUAAUUUAAUUUAUGUGCAUUGUGUAGCGUAUAUAUUUGACAUUGUGAAUUCAUUUAAGGGUGUGUUAAUUGUUUUAAAUAGGACAACUUGUUGUGGUGCAAAUUUGAGUUGAACACUUGAAAUCCUGAUUUAUUCAGAUACGGAUCCAUUGAUCGCCCGUUACACGUUACAAAUUUGGUGGCAGCGGUGGGAUUUCAUGUGUUUCAUUGUCGUUAAUGUAAAUACAUAUAUGAUUGAUCCAGUUGUGAAUAUUUUAUAGAUAAUUGUUAUUUUCCUUUUUGUAGUUAAAAUAGAGAUAGAGUUAAAAGAAGUAAAGAUAAAGUUGAAGAAAAUUACAUAAGAAGGACAUCAUGCCAAAUACCAAGAAAACAGCAAGGAAGGUUGUUUUUACACAAGUCUUAGAGGAAAAGUUUCAAUGUCCAUUCUGUCCUCUUGAAUUUGGAAAUAAGGAAGACAGAAACCGACAUUUAAUAGAAUGCACAGAUUCAAGGCUCUUCUGUGAAUUAUGUUCCUAUAACACAAAUAAGAGAACCAAUCUUACCAGGCACUUUAAGAAGGUCCAUUGUAGUACGGAUGAUAAAGAUGAAUCUGAGGACACUGAGGCAGAAGUGGAGAGUGAGAUUGAUGAUAAGACAACUAAAAAGCAAAAACCAAUAACAAAACCAAUCUCUGGAGAUAAAAGUAAAGAUGAAAACAACAACAAGAAACCUGUAUCUUCAGGUGAGCCUUCAACUCAAACAGUUGACACAAAUAAAACAAACAUAACCACAGAACCAGAAGAAGGAGGAAAUUUUGAAGAUACAGUAAAGUUGGACAAUUCAAAGAGUCUGUUUACAGAUUAUGACGAUAUCUCUAGUGAUGAGGAUGAUGAUGAUAUAGGACUUAUUGAUAAACCAAGCGAACUAAUUGUUAGUCAGCCAAAGAAGCCUGUUGACGAAAUAGAUGAGAGUGUGAACAUGGGAAGAAUUUUCAGGAAGAAAACAGAUCCCAUGCCUAUAAUUGCACCAAAGAAAAGGAAAACAACUACAGUACAGGAUCUCAAGAAGAAACUUGUAAAGACAAUGCCUGGUAUAACCAGUAUUAAUACAGCGACUCUGGGAUCGGAUAAAAUGCCUCACAGUUGUCAAUGUAAUUGUAAUUUGGAUAACAUGAAGACUGUAUAUGUGAAGACAAUUACAAAGUAUCUGAAAGAUGGCAAGCAAGUGAAGGUUGUUGAAAAGAAGGUUCCUAAGUGAAUA